CGUGGCGUGAGUGAGGAGUUGAGAUCUUACAUGGGAGGAGGCCCUUUGGCUGUGCAGCAUGAGUAUGUCCGGAGAAGUGGCGUCCAUUCUCUCUCGAUGGGGACUCGCCCGCAACGCAACACUCAGGGAAGUCACCGCCGUCUACAAACAGAGAGGUACACACACGCGCACACAAUGACAGAUCAUCACGAUUCAGCCACUAUGGCGUUUGCUUGUCCAUGACCUGUUUGGUGUGUUGGCGUGGCGUUCCAUUUCAGUCAAGGUUCUGCAUCCUGACGUCAACAAGGCCGCAGACGCCCAUGCUGCAGUAAGUAGGGGAGACAAACACAUCCGGAUCUACACUCACCAGCCAGCCACCAGAUACUAGUCAUCGCUGACCUGUCUGUCGUGUGUGUGCUGGAUGGUCACAGUUUGUGCGUCUGAAGAGCGAGUACGAGACGCUCGAGGAGGCUCUGAGCCGCAAUGGAGGUGCUGGUGCUGGCAGUGGUAGCUGGCCAGGGGGUGCUAGCGGGCAGGAGUCGUCUUCUUCUUCUCAGUGGCCACCCCACCACCCGCCGCGUGGCGACUGGUACCGCAGCUACACGGCUCACUCUCAGCCGUACCAGCCGUACACGGCCUACAAGGGGUACGGCGAGCGGCAGACGUAUGACGAGAGCAUGGGGGGGUGGCGCCAGACAUACCAGGGCGACGCCGACGCCAGACAGAGGGAGGAACGCAACGAGCAAUGGAGGGCACUGCUCCCGGGACUACUCAAUGUACGCACUCACACAACACACACCCACACACUGGCAUGCAGGUUGGCUGGCUGGCUGGAUGAUGGCCCAUGUGAUCGUAUCGAUAUCUCUCUGUCUGUCUGUCUGUCUGUCUGUGGAUCGGCCGACGGGAUGCUGGCUGGCUCUCUCCCUCCCCCAGCUGACGGUGGUGUUGGGUGGGUCGUUCGCUGUCUACAUGUUGCUCCAGAAGUUCCAUCGGCGGGAGCAGGAGCUCUAUGACCGCGAUGUGGCAUACGCCCCCUACGGCAGCCAGCAGCGGCCCAUCCACCAAGCCGAUCUGCAGGCAUACGGCCAGUUCCACCCCAACCAGGAUGACCCCAGGAUGCGGAUGCCACACCGGCAGCAGCCCAUCGCCACACGGGUGCGGGGUGCAGAGGCGCUGUCCGACCAAGACACUGGUGUGGGUGGUGGGCCUGCUGCCGCUGCCAUGUCUGCGCCGACUUUGUCCAAGAGCGAGCCAGCAUUGGCCAUGGUGCAUCAGCUGUCGGAUGCUGAGGAGGCCGUGCUAAGGGGCGAGGCGCGGGAUGACGACAGCGACGUGCACACCGAAGAUGAGGCAGAGGUGCAUGAGGGACCAGGGCCACCCAAGAAACCAAAACCACACGCCAAAAGGGGUACGUACGGUACGCACGGCCGAACGGACGGUUGAAGGGUGGGUGGGAUGCGCACGCGACACUCGGCUGCUUCUGUAAUUGUGUGGCCCAUGUUGGGUGUGUGUGUGUGCGUGUGUGUGUGUGUGUGGCCAGAGUCUCCCCUGUUCGAGAAGGGCGUCAAGACGGCUCACAUUUUGGCUCACAGAGGUGACGUAUCGCGACUCUACAGCCUGAUGAAGGCUUCCAAGUAUCCCCACCAGCAGUUGGUGCUCAUAGACAGGUAGGUCAGUCCACACAAUACAUACAUACAUACAUACGUCUGUGUGCGAGGCAAAGGAAUGCGUGUUGGAUGGUUGGUUGUGUUGUGUCCGUCUCUGAUCAGGAGGGGCCGCACCCCGAUGCACUUCGCUGCAUUGGCCGGUAAGCAGUGCACUGCAGUGCAGUGCACGGCCAGCCAGCCUGCACGCCACACGAACGGAUCCCUCCCUCCACCCGGUUCUGUGUGUCGUGUCGUUUUGUACUUCUGUGCGUGUGUACACGUACGCCCACAGGUCAAGAGGAGUGUGUAAAGGUGAGCGACACGCGGCCUGUGGAUGCACCUGGGUGGGGGCUGCAUUCCUUCCUUCGCUCCGCCCUCCCUUGUGUGCCUCUCUUUGUGCACUGCAGUUCCUGUACAACUGUGGGGCGGACAUCAACGCCGUAGACCACGAUGGCAAAACUCCCGCAGACCUCGCAGACGACAAGGGUACACCACACACACACACACACACACAAUCUCACGCAGCCGCCGCCCGCCAAUCGACUUAACGGAUGGAUGGAUGAGAGCAUCUGUGUCUGUGUCUGUGUGUGUGCGCGUGUGUACAUACAUCCUGUAUGGUCAGGCCACGCAGUAUUGGCCAAGAAGAUGCGUUCCCAGACAGACGCCAGGCAGGCGCAGGAGGCAGCUGCUGCACCCAAGACAACACACAAGCAGCAAUUGGAGAAGGAGUGAGUCAGCGAAUGGUUCAAUGUGUCCAAGUGCCCAGGCAGGCAGGCAGGCAGGCAGUGAACAGCCGAG